AUGGCUCCCUCGCUUCACCCAUUGAUUGAUAACGGCAUUACCAAAGGCGAUGCAAACUUCCCCGGCGGCAAGCUCCGCUGCCUCUGCAAGAGCAAUCCUGUCGAAGUCACUCUCGGCAGCAAUGUCGCCCAUAACCACGCCUGCGGUUGCUCAAAGUGCUGGAAGCCCGCCGGAUCCCUCUUUUCCGUCGUCGGCGUCAUCCCCAGAGACCAGCUCAAGGUGACCGCCAAUGAGAACAAGCUUGCCAUCAUCGACAACUCCGCAGUGAUCCUGCGUUACGCCUGCAAGGAGUGCGGGGUACAUUUGUACGGACGUAUUGAAAAGGACCACCCAUUCAAGGGCCUGGAUUUUGUUCACACCGAAUUGUCCGACUCCAAGGGAUGGCAGGAACCCCAGUUUGCCGCCUUCGUCUCGUCGAUUAUUGAGCAGGGUUUCCACCCCAACGGUAUCGACGAGGUCCGCAGGAAGUUCAAGUCUGUUGGACUCGAGACCUACGACACGCUGUCGCCUCCUUUGAUGGAUCUUAUUGCGACCUGGACCGGUCAGCAGUCAGGUCGCCUCCCGGCCAAGUUGUAA